AUGCUGCCACUUAUACAAAAAGACACGCGGCAGUCGCGGGGUAUGAUUACGGGUAUCCCAGAAAAGUUUCAAAAUUGGCUCAGGCUAAUAUUUUCUGAUAAGAAUUCCAAAAAUUUAUUUCUCUUCCUUUUACUAAAUCUAUCCUUCGCGUUUGUGGAGUUAUUUUAUGGAGUUUGGACCAACAGCUUAGGUUUAAUUUCUGAUGCAUUCCAUAUGUUCUUCGAUUGCACUGGAUUGGUGGCUGGACUUGCUGCAUCCUUAGUGUCUAAAUGGAGAGCAAAUGAACGCUACUCUUAUGGCUAUGCAAGAGCUGAAGUGUUAGCUGGCUUUGUCAAUGGACUUUUCUUAUUAUUCAUUUCUUUUUUUAUUCUAAAAGAGGCUGUUGAAAGAGCAAUAGAACCACCAGAAGUGAAACACGAACGCUUACUUGUCGUGUCUAUACUCGGGUUCCUAGUCAAUCUAGUAGGCAUAUACGCAUUCCACCACGGCCAUGGUCACGGGCACGGCGGCCAUGGUCAUUCUCACAGCCAUGGUCACUCCCAUAACCAUAACCAUGGUCAUUCCCAUGAUGAAAUCGAAGCACCCACGGGCGCUGGGUCAGCCAUCAUGCGUGGUGUUUUCCUGCACGUGCUCGCCGACACUUUAGGCUCGGUUGGGGUGAUCAUAUCAGCUAUUUUAAUGCAACUAUUCGGAUGGAUGCGAGCAGACCCGAUAUGCUCGAUGGCUAUAGCGCUCCUUAUAGCGGCUAGUGUGUUCCCACUACUCCUGGACUCGGGUGGUGUUCUCAUGCAACGUACUCCGACGUCCAUAGAACGUGCUCUUCCUAAUCUAUACACGAGAGUAGUGGGUUUAGCUGGUGUCCAUGCGGUGCAAGAGCCACAUUUCUGGACUUUAUGUAGUGACGUUCAUGUUGGUGUGAUAAAAUUAGAGGUCGCCAGAGAAGUGGACCCUCGGUACGUCACUGAGCAAGCAGCAAGAAUUUUCCGGGAGGCCGGAGUCAAACACCUCACAGUUCAGUUAGAUUAUUCCCCGCUU